AUGCCGAUCUUAGAAAAUUCUACAACUGACUUUAAUUUCAAUAAAAUUCCCUAUUCACGACCAUGGUUCCAACGUCGAAAAUUCAAAAGUCAAAUUAUCGAGCAGACUAUUAUUGAAAUUAGUAAGAAAAUGAAGGACAAGGAUUUAGCUACGUUGUUCGAAAAUUGUUGGUCUCAUUCUUUAGAUAAUUACGUUUUGUGGCAAGAUGAUUCAAAGGGCUAUCCGCGAACUUUUAUUGCUUCUGGAAAACUUGAGGUCCUUUAUAUUCGUGACUCGACCAAUCAGAUUAUUUCUUAUACUCCCUUUGCCAAAGAUGAUCCCGAACUUGCUAAAAUGAUACUUGGAGUAAUAAAUAUGCAAGCUGAAUAUUUAGCGAAGGAUAUUUAUUCCAACUCAUUUUUCCCGCCACCCUCUUCUAAUUUACCCCGACCAUAUGAUCCUUGGGAAGAAAACGAUAAAAGUUAUCCGAAACCUUCUUCGGCCGUCUGGCAGGCGAAAUAUGCUGCUGAUAAUCUUGCUGCUUUUUUAAAGUUAACCUAUCAUUAUUGGAAGCAUACAAACGAUCCAUCCUUUAUGCAAAAUGAGCACUGGGUUGAUGCUACUCAGCUUGCUAUAAACGUGCUCUUUGAACAAAUGCGUGGUACAAUGGAAGAAUUUGGUAAUGAAGCAUACUUAUUUACUAGGCCAUCACGAAAUAGUAGCGAGACUCUAUUACUGGGUGGAAGAGGUUCUAUCGCUAGCAGAACUGGGCUUAUUAAGUCACACUUUCGUCCUUCUGACGAUGCAUCUUUCUAUCCAUUUGUUAUACCAACAAAUGCAAUGAUUUCGAUUGAAUUACUUCAUCUAAAAGAAAUAUUGGAUAAUACAGAUACGAAAACAUUAUUUCAUACACUAGAUCUAUCAUCUUAUAUUCUGAAUUUAUCACGUGAAAUUCGAGCUGCAAUUUAUAAAUAUGCAGUUGUAAAACACGCAACUUUUGGGGAGGUUUUCGCAUAUGAAGUUAAUGGAUUUGGAUCAUUUAAUCUCAUGGAUGAUCCAAAUAUUCCGAGUUUAAUAAGUUUACCAUACCUAG